AUGAAGUUCAAGUACAUCCCCUCGCUCUAUCUCCAGGUCCUCGCCAUCACGGCAAGCGCAGCCCCUGAUGGGAACGCGGCAGAGAUCAGGGCAUCGGGCGACACUGCGAUCCCCGACCCUCACCAGAGCGGAACCAGAGAUGGCUGCUCCGUCUACUACUGCGUUCUUUCCGGCGACACCUGCGCCGCCAUUGCGAGCAAGUUCGGCAUCACCAUCAACGAAUUCAUCUCCUGGAACCCGGACGUCGGAUUGCAGUGUGCUAACCUCUGGGCGGGAUAUAAUGUCUGUGUGAGGCUGUAG